AUGGCUCACAAGUCCAUGCGGUGCGCGAACAAGGCCGCUGAGAGCGCGUCUGCACGUCUCUGUGCGGACGCCGAAGCAGAAAACGCUGCAACCGAUGUGUCAUCGGUUGCUGAAGCGUCUCAGUCUGUAUCACCUGGUGAUGCAGACGCUCGUCAUGAAGACACUCAUGUCUUCACAGAGUAUGAGCUGAGUGUCUCAUACUCUCCUGAUACGGAAGAGGGAUCCGUAUCGAAGGCGGUUGAAACCAAGCCGCCUGCCAAACGUGGCAUGGAUGAUGCUACACGUCGUAGCAUCUUUGGUUCGUCUGAUGAAUCAGAUGAACCAUCGCCAAAGCGAAGGCGCUAG